UCACACUAGUAUCGCAUGUCCACUAUCCAGAACCUCCAAUCUUUCGACCCCUUUGCUGAUGCAACUAAGGGUGACGACUUACUCCCGGCAGGGACUGAGGAUUACAUUCAUAUAAGAAUCCAGCAACGGAACGGCAGAAAGACACUGACUACUGUGCAGGGCAUUGCAGAUGAUUAUGACAAAAAGAAACUUGUGAAAGCUUUCAAAAAGAAAUUUGCCUGUAAUGGUACUGUGAUUGAGCACCCUGAAUACGGAGAGGUUAUUCAGCUUCAAGGUGACCAAAGAAAAAACAUUUGCCAGUUUCUUUUGGAGGUUGGCAUUGUCAAGGAGGAACAGCUUAAGGUUCAUGGAUUCUAAAAUGAACCUAAAUGCGAGGAGAAUUUGAAUAAUUUGCUCUCUCAGCAGUUUGGCUGCCUUGUGAAAUGAUUCUCUGCAGUAAACGGACUUUUCAUUUAUUUAAUCAUUCAAACUUCCAUUCACAUCUGCAUGAUUACAGAAAACAUGGGGUAUGUAGGCUAGUAACACAUAAGAAAAUUGCAGUAAGAUGGUAAACAAAGCCCCGUAUUCAUCUUAACAUGUUUCCAAUGGAAAAUAUUUUGUUUUGAGUGUUUAUUUGUUUAUUGUUCAGUUUAUUACUUUUCACUUGAUUAAAUGUUUUUUGUUGUAUUAAACCAUGUAUGUUGCAGCUUAACAAUAAAAAAAAAAAUUUAUGAAUUCCUUUGUGAGCAGUUAGGCUCCCAAAUUUAAGCAAGAGACACACAAUUUUGUCUUUC